AAUUUUCAGGUAAAUAUUUUCAAUGAUGGAAAUUUCUGCAUUGAAGUCCAUAGAAAAAUGCCUAGCUUUGCUUCUCUUUUGUUGGAACUUACUGAGCCAUUCUAAACGAUUAAAUGCAAGUAUAUUCAUUGCCUUAGAUUUAUAUGGAAAAUCAUUUAAAAAAUCCGCUUUACAGCUUAUACCUCUGUCAUCAAUUGAAAUGAGAAAACAAUGCAUCAACUGUGGCUUCUCAUCUUCACUUGAUCCAAACUCUGUAAUUCUUGUAAAUCCUUAUUAUUUAACUUGCCUGAAGAUAAGAAGUGGUUCAUGGUGCCUUGUGCAAUGCCAUGUUUCUUCUGCCAGAGUUUCCAGAAAACAAGGACCAUGCUUGUAUUGGGUCCGUUUGGUUUCAAAUGCAUUAGCUGAUGUACAUACAUCUUACUGCUCACCCGCACUUUACCACAUCAUAUCCCACGGACAGUUAUCAGUUGAUGUGAGAAUUGAAGCUGACUAUCAAAUGACAUCUCCUGUGAAGGCAUACUUUCUUGGGAAACAGAAAAUUGAACAAACCUCUGAAAAAAAUUGUGUACCGUGUGUUGCAUCUUCAGUUUCUUUAUCUUUAAUUGAACAUAGCAAGUUUAAAUGGAAUUUUGGUUUGGAAUCAAUAUUGGAAGAAUACUUUGAAAAUCCCAAAUUGGUAUCUGCUGGAAAUGUGGUUACUAUUCCAGCACCAUCUUUAUCAGCCAGAAAUUUUGCUGAUGAAGAUUUAAAAAAUUGUUCUGAGAUACAAGUUUUGAUAGAAAGUGUGAAGUGUAAGGGAAGGAAUUGUUCUGAACAAAUUGGUCAUAUUGCUAGCUGCAAGUUGACUCAGUUUUGUUUGGGAGCAAAUGUUCAAGCAUCAACAUUGACACAUCAUUUGCAUUGUCAGAAUUACACCAUUGGAAAAAGUGGAGACAUCCUCAUCCCUCCUCAUCUGAAAAAUAUUUACAUUAGUCUGGAAAGAAUUAUUCUGUCCCAGAUUGUGUUUCCCUCUGUUGCGAGCAGCACUGACCUGCAUUCUGACAAUAAGAAGAGCUUUGCUGCUGAAAUUCAGUCGUCAUCUUCACUGGUGCCAUCAGAAGGUUCACUUGCACCCACCCAGCCUAAUAAAGUAAUUUCCAAGAAUGAAGUUGGUCAUGUAUUACUUGAUGGUUGCAGAAACGACAUUAACAUUCUCUUGAAAUGUCUUCAUGGAAGUUUGGGUCUGUGCAUCAGCUCAUAUGAAGCCUGGAAGCUGAAAGGUGACACUAGCAGCUCCACUGAAGCCAAGAUUCAAAGAUUGCACCAAUUACAUCUUAAUUCAAGUCCUGCAGUUAUAAUCUUGCAUGAUGUGGAUCAAUUACUGCAGUGCAGUGACAGCAGUGGUGGUGAUGACAGAGUGCGACUAGCCUUGUCUCGUUGCUUAGUUGAUCUAAGCCGCGCUAACUGCCUCGUCAUUGGCACCAUACUGGCACCAGGGUCUGAUGACUCGCCUGUUGCACUGCCUGAUGGUUUGUGGCAACUGUUCACCUUCCAAAUUACAGCACCUGGAAAGAUUGGAAGCAACGACCAAGAAGAACUUCUCUAUUGGCUCCUAACUACCAAAUAUUCACAAUAUGUACCUGGGGCUUCAGCCUUUGGGACGAGCUUUGGUUCUAUAAGAUCUAACACCAAUUCCAUUAAAAAUGAAACUUCCAACAAGACCAUGAUUUCCACCAGUAACACCUUGAAUGUUGCUACAAAUGAUAAAGAUGAACCAUGCAUCACUAGCAAUAUGACUUCAAAUAAGAACCACAGCUCCCAGUGUCAUUUGGAACAAGAAUCUCCUGCAAUGAAGUCACUGGUGUUGGCACUAUCCCACUGCACAGCUGGCUUUACCUACUGUCAAAUUGAAGUUCUCUUAAGCAUGGCCUGUGAACUGGCCUGUGAGGACUGGGAAACGCAGAAUGACAACCUUGAUUUGAAGACCAGCUCUGGCAGCGCUAGUGACAUGGAUAACGAUUCACCUCGUCAAAAUAUCCCAGUUCUUAGAGAGGAGCACAUCAUGCAGGCUGCCAAAGCAGUCAGUGGCCCUGCAGGCGUGGGCGGGGCAGGUGGUGUGCCUGUGGUGCUGUGGCAAGAUGUUGGCGCCCUCGAUAAACCCAAACAAGAACUAGUCAACACCAUCAACAUCCCACUGAACUACCCUCACUUGGUGGCAUGUGGCAUAAGGAGAGCAGGUGUGCUGUUGUAUGGCCCGCCUGGUACAGGCAAGACGCUGCUGGCCAAAGCGGUUGCCAGCGAGUGUCGCCUCAACUUCCUGUCUGUUAAAGGUCCUGAGCUUCUCAACAUGUAUGUUGGGGAAACUGAGCGCAACGUCAGGAAAAUAUUUGCCGAGGCUCGGGGCAGCGUGCCCUGCGUCAUAUUCUUCGACGAACUGGACGCCCUCGCUCCCAACAGGGGUGCGUCUGGAGACUCGGGGGGCGUGAUGGACAGGGUGGUGUCGGCGGUGGUGGCAGAGCUCGACGAAUGCAGCAGAAACUCAUCAGACGCGCCCGUGUUCGUGCUGGGGGCUACAAAUAGACCGGACCUGAUAGACCCUGCCCUGCUCAGACCGGGAAGAUUCGAGAAGCUGCUGUAUCUUGGCCCGUGUACUGACAGCGCAAGCUUGAUUGCGGUUUUGAAGGCCGUCAUCAGCAAACUGCCGCUGGGCCCGGACGUGUCCCUGGCUCGCGUGGUGGCGGCGAUGCCGCGGCGCUGCUCAGGCGCCGACGUUAAGGCCGCCGCCACCAACGCCUUCUACGCCGCCCUCAGGGAGACCGUUGCACACAUCCGUGCUGGCGACGUGCCUGCCGCCACCGCGCGUGUGGUGGUGACCGAGGCGCACCUUACAGCCGCCGCCCGCCGCGUCCUGCCGUCCGUCACCGCCGACCAGCUGGCCACCUACCAGGCCUUCAGCCGCCACACGGCGCCGUGACGCGUCUUCAUCGGGGCGUGUGUGUUAUCUUCUUCAAUUAUACACUCAGAAGAUUAUGACAUUUUGUCCAGGUGCGGCGCACUUUCGUCGAUGCCAUCCCGACCCAGUAUUGCCCGGCAAAAGGAUGGAUCAGUUCUACAUGCAGAAUGUGUGCCGCUAUAAGGAAAAUAUGACCUAUUCACUUUACUGAGUCUAGCUUGGUUCAUCAAGCUCUACUGACCUGAUCACACUUAACUUGGAAGCUGUCCUAAGAUCAUCAUUUUUGUACGCGUGAUUCUAAUUUUUGUUUUGCAAUGAAGCGUGUUGCUAAUGAAUAAUUCGGGUGCCUAUUAUACGAUAAAAAUUGGGUGUUGCUGUGGUGUCAUUAUACUCAUUUUACAACGGCUACGUCCCCUAUUAAAUAUUCUAAGCCCCUACAAAUUUACCUUCAUUUAUUGUUUGUUUCUACAAAAAAUGCCAAAAAUUUUUUAUUGUUAGGCCUGAUUGUGUUGUUGAUUCUUCAAGCAUACAGGACUUCCUGUGCUUGUUGUUGCUCUGUACAGAAGAUGUUAGCUGUUCUUGAAAUUAAUAGUUCGCUCACAUUCUGUAUCCUGGAAGCUUAACCCCUCCCUGUCUGUUGAACCCAAUACUGUCCCUUUUGUUUUGUUUCUUAGUCUCUGCGAAAUUUCACUCUAUUCAGCAACCAACUCUUCAAGGCUUCUUAUCUUAUCAAAGCCUAAAUGAAUAUGAUAUUUUAUUUUAUUUAUGUGAUCUCCUUCGUGAUCGACGACUGAAUUUUUCUCCUUCAUAACAUAAAAAAAUAAAGUUUGAAAAAGGCAGUAAGUAUUAUGGUGUUCUUGGGACGUUGAAGGGGAUUGUAUGAUAGCAACCUUGCUAAUCGCGCCUGACAUUAACUGCGAGAAACUCUAGUUUGCGAACUCGAGUGUGGGUCAGAAGUGACGUAAGUCAUAGCUGUCCAGUCCUCAGUGCCAUGGCGACUCAACAUGAAAUAGUAAUCUCGAUAACGUAUCAUUCAGUGGGCGUCAACCGGAAUGCUAGUUAAAACCGUACUUUGUGGAGCGAGCAGAAAAUGUAAUCUUCAAAGCUUCAUUUAUAUGAUCACAAUGUGGUCGAGGGUAAUGAAGUUUCAAAACUACCAGUGACUUAUUGAAUUCGAUUCCAAUUAAUGACUCCUAAACAUCAAAUUGAAUUUCAUUUCUGUUCAGUUCUAGUCGCUGCCCUGAAUUCAAAAAGUAUUUCUUUUAAUGAAUAUCUCACUGAGAAUAAAUUGACGCAGAGAUUAUAUUCGACUUGAAUAUUUUGAGCAUAUUUAGUCUUGCAUCUAAAUAUGAUUGUCUCAACUUCUCCGUGCAAUUGAGUUCAAUUACCAUAGCCCAGUCUAUACUAGAAUAACAUCUUCAGAUAACAUCAAUAUUAUGUUUAACAAGGUAUGAUUUUAACGGAUUUAUUUUGUUAUUGAUUUGCGUAUUUUAAUUGUGGAUAUCCUAGAAAAGGCUUGAGAUUUUAGUUUGUGUGGUGUCUUGUUAUUCUGAGUUUAUAAAUGUCUUCUUUUGUGUGGCAAAUACUCCAAUGUUGCGGUGUCAGACUGAUGGGCUGUGAAUAAACUGACGUUCGUCA